GAUGAUGACGCUGAACUUACAACUCGCACACACGUCAUUUUCUCCGACUCACUGUCUGGCGAUGCUGCCAACGACACUAAACCCUGGGUCCAGUUAAAAAACGCUUCUCCUGAGGAGCUGGAAAAAGUUCCAGUACCCCCCCCGCCUCCACCGCCGCCUCCCCCACCGCCCAGUUUCCCAGGUCUACAGCCGCAGAAGAAACGGACAAUCCCACCACCACCGCCACCACCGCCGCCACCUGGCCAGCCAAAAACCAUUCAAGAGUUCAUGGAAAAGAUCAAAAUCUUCCCCAAGUCCUCUCAUACCAACGUGGACCCUCAGAAGUGCUUCGACAUAGCAACCGCUCUGCAUAACUCGAACAGCCGUGGAGCCAAGUUAUUCGCAAAACGGCGCGCACGGGCUCAGAAAUGGGAGUCCGAGGCGACCGAGGGUGAAGGGGGCGCUGUCAGUGGCUUCGGAGAAGGCCGUAACUCGCAGUCCGUCAGUCCAAUGCCGUUGGCUGCGCAGGCGCCUGUGCUCGUCUUCCCGAUGCUACAUGUCGCUGGGCUGGCGAGUAAGCCACGGCUGGCCUCAAAGCUGCAUCCAGUCGGUGAGGAGGCCGACCAGGCACAGACGGCGCUCGAAGUCGCACUCAGGCCCCUGGGGCCGGUGAGUCGGCAGUUAGCAAAUCUGAAGGCACCGAUGUCAGGCGGUGGUUCUGGCUCAUUGAUGCCAGAGAUAGGUGAGGCCAUCAUUACAGCAGAACCUCCUGGCGAAGCGGUUGGAGGGCGCAAGAUGCAACGGGCCUCUACAGACGAGUCUGGGCAACACAUGGAUCCAGAAAAAAGCUGUUUGAUUUCGGAUGGCCUGACAAACAAGACUCCAGUACCAUUCUCUACCCGUAAGUGGCGUCUCCAUCCUUAG